UAUUUAAAUAAAUUAAAUAAAAAAAUGAUGCCACUAGCUUCUAUAAUAAAAUAAAAUUUUCAUCUUCCUUCUCCCCUCUCCUUUUUGGCACUCUCCAAAAACUCCUGUCCUUUCUCCACUUUCUCAACAAAUCUCAAAAUGGCUCUAUCAACAAGCCGCCGAGCCAUUAACCAAUUCAUAAAGCCACUCUCUUCCUCCGUGUACGCCACGCGCCGCCUUACAUCGGACUCCACCGCCACAAUCACCGUGGAAACAAGCCUCCCCUUCACUGCCCACAACAUCGAUCCACCAUCGCGCUCAAUCACAACAUCCCCCAACGAACUCAUGACAUUCUUCUCCGACAUGGCUGAAAUGCGGCGGAUGGAAAUCGCAGCCGAUUCGCUCUACAAAGCGAAACUCAUCCGCGGAUUCUGCCAUUUAUACGACGGACAAGAAGCCGUUGCAGUAGGGAUGGAAUCCGCUAUAACACGGAAAGACUGUAUAAUAACCGCGUAUAGAGAUCACUGUAUUUUUCUCGGACGUGGUGGGACGUUGUUGGAGUCAUUUGCCGAGUUAAUGGGAAGGAAGGAAGGGUGUUCGAGAGGGAAAGGUGGAUCGAUGCAUUUUUAUAAGAAGGAAGGAGGGUUUUAUGGAGGACAUGGGAUUGUUGGUGCGCAAGUUCCCUUGGGAAUUGGAUUGGCAUUUGCGCAAAAGUAUUCGAAAGAGGAGUAUGUUACUUUUGCUAUGUACGGUGAUGGUGCUGCUAAUCAAGGGCAAUUGUUUGAGGCUUUGAAUAUGGCUGCGUUGUGGGAUCUUCCGGCUAUUUUAGUUUGCGAGAAUAAUCACUAUGGAAUGGGGACAGCAGAAUGGAGGGCUGCAAAGAGUCCAGCUUAUUACAAGAGAGGAGACUAUGUUCCUGGUCUGAAGGUUGAUGGUAUGGAUGUCUUUGCCGUUAAACAAGCAUGCAAAUUUGCCAAGGAACAUGCUCUCAAGAAUGGACCAAUUAUUCUUGAAAUGGACACCUAUAGGUACCAUGGUCACUCUAUGUCUGAUCCUGGAAGCACCUACCGCACUCGUGAUGAGAUUAGUGGUGUUAGACAGGAACGUGACCCUAUUGAAAGAAUCAGGAAACUCAUACUGGCCCAUGAUAUAGCCACUGAGAAGGAACUGAAGGAUAUUGAGAAAGAAAAGAGAAAAAUUGUAGAUGAAGCCAUUGCUAAAGCAAAGGAGAGCCCCAUGCCUGACCCUUCUGAGCUCUUUACCAAUGUAUAUGUGAAAGGGUUUGGAGUUGAGGCCUGUGGAGCAGAUAGGAAGGAAGUCAGAGCUACACUUCCAUGAGGGCCACGUUUGCAUUUUUUGAUCGCCUUUUCAUACUGUAACACAGCAAAUAAUUGGUGGUAAAAUCAUUGGGCUUCAUCAAGCAUAAUAACUGAAAUGGUUCAUCUUAAAUGUAGGAAAUUCCUCCUUUUGUUAAUGUUUCCUUUCUCCAACUGUUAGCAAAAUUCUCUUGUAUUUUUGGUUUUCCUCUGUUCUUCCAUCUUAGAUGGCAAUAAAUUUGAGUGUAGCACCACUACAAGGUGUUUUCAGCUUGA